UUAAUAAACCUCUCCGCAUUCUGCAGCCGCGGCUAUUGAGAAGCGCGUCGGGAAGCGGAGGGGGUGCACCCUUCUGGAGUGAAUAUGUCAUAUCUGGAACGGGCUUUACUUCGCGCUGCAUAACCCCAACUGAGCUCUUCCCACUUUCACACACGGACGGGAUGUUGUCGCGCUGUCGGUCGUGAAGGUCGGUUCCAGCAGAACAGCGAGGACGCCGCUCGUUUACCAUGAGCUGUUUGGAUGUUAUGUAUCCAGCCUAUGGACAUUACGCACCGUACGCAUCAACCGCUCCCGCUUUUAUCAAUAGCUUUCAGGCUCCUUCAGGUCUGAGCAGCUCCGCACCCAACAGUCGGGAUUUUAUGGACACUCCCAGCGUUCCUGAAGGGAUGUCUGGGGGCCCAGGCGCUGGAGGAUCAACUUCCUCCUCAUCUUCGUCCAGUUCUUCUUCUUCCUCCUCUUACACACCUGCGGUACCAAGGACGACGGAGGGCCCCAAAGAGAAGCAGGAGGCCCCCGAGGCAGAGUACCUGACGUCGCGCUGUGUGCUCUUCACCUACUACCACGGAGACAUCAGCAGUGUGGUGGAUGAGCACUUCUCCCGGGCGCUGAGCUCCUACAUGGAUGGAGAGGGCAAACGGCGGGGGCCAGAACAACAGGGAACAGAAACGUCGUCUUCUAACAGUCGGCGAAGCUUCCCGCCGUCUUUCUGGGACAGUAACUACUCUUCGCCUCAGAGCCGCCCCCACUGUGAGACCAGCGCGCCCGCUUAUUCCAUGGACCCGUACGCGUCAGCGCUCCAUCCAGGUCUGCCACAUCCACAUGCUCAUCCGCACCCACACGCCCACACUCGCCCCCACGCUCACCCACCCGAGGGCUGGGGAUACCCUCAGGCCCAGCCCUACGGACCCCCUCGACCUCUUCACGAACUGUAUUCACCGUCAGCUUUGGAGCCUCACUACGGGGGCCUGCUCGUGCCCACCGUGAGACCGCCUCAUCUUCCUACCUUGUCAAGCCACUAUGAAGUGGGCAAGCUGGAGCCCACCGCCUCCUGGCCAGGCCUGCUGCCCCCUGGAGACGUCAGUCAGACCUUGGCUCUCAACAUGGAUGCAGGUCUCCAGCAGCACAAGAAAGGCAAGGAGCUCUACUGGUUCUAACGAGCCCUUCAGUCACACUGACCUGCCAUUACCAGACCCAAUUAGUCCCUGGACCCGCUCCGCUUUUCAAGCAUUGUGUCCUUUUACCCUCCCCGCUCCAAACCGACCCUCCCCACUCGCUCUCACACCACGUCCCCGUCCGCCCACCCCCUCCUUUCUGCCUUCAGCCUCCCCUGCCAGUACACGGCCUCGCUCCAAGUCGACGUGUGUGCACCAUGGAGAUAAAGAGAGAGGCCCGGCGUCUGAACUGGCUGCGAUGUGCACCGCCGCUGCUCGCUCUCUCCUGCGGUCUGAAUCCAGUGGCGCUGGCAGGAUGAGAGCCACGGCGACCCGUUUGGAUCGGGAAGCGCAGGAUCACGGCAGACUUUUGCAGGGGACAGAGAAAAAAAAAAGAGAGGGAAGAACAGAGGGGGAACAGGGAUGAAUCGCAGCGAGCGGGGAUUUCUUCCAGCCUCUCUGGUUAUCUCUGUCUCGCGCUCUGUGUUGCUACAGUCAUUGUUAUUAUCCACUUAUCUGCAUUUCACAAAUGCAACGCGCAGCAAUAUCCAAGAGCAGAAUUCACGGAGGUUAGCGCUUUGUGACAGUCAUCACAAGGCGUUUUUUUUUUUAAACAUUUUUAAAAUAAAGUGUUAUAUUUAUCGGUAUUAAUGUGUAUUUCUAACAUGAUUGGUUGGCCAGUGUUCUGAGAUUCAUGCGGUUUAGUUGAUCAUGUUUCUCAAAGUGGACAUUUAUAGAUCAGCCAGUGCAAUGUGGUUUUGGUGUAGUUUCUCAAGGAUAUUGUUUUAAAAUGCCGUCAGAUCGUAUUUAUCCAUGAAAACUCUCAGAGAAGGUUGUAUUUUUAAUAUGAAGAUGUUCCAUUUUGGUUCAAAAUAUCUUUUUUUUUUUUUUGUUCGUGGUGGUUUUGAACUUGGACUUCCUGAAUAUUUUUUGGAUUUUUUUUUUCGUGUGUGAAUUACUUCUCAUUUUUGUGUCCAAGAAGAUUUUGAUGUCAAUAAAUAUUUUUAUGGUUAA